GGAUGUGGUCCGGCGUGGGGGCGCCGGGCGCCUCGAGCUACGCCGCGGUCACGUCGGGCUCCGCGCCAGACGUCGGCCGUGGCGACCGCUCCCCCAGCGCGGGCGGCGCCGCCGUGGCGCUCCACCGCAGGGCUGCGGUGGCCGUGGUGACCGCGCUGGUCGUGGGCUCCGUGGUGGCAGCGGGCGUUGCCACCGCCAUGGGCAAGAAACACAGCGUGAACGGCGUAUCUCGCGCCGCGCAGGCGCCGCUUCUGCAGGAGCAGGAGCUGUCGUCGUUCUCGGGCACCUGCGGCACGAUCGAGGUCUCCAGCCAGAGCCUGGGGUGGAACGGCAGGUGGGACAUCGGGUAG